AUGGCACACGUGCAAGCGAGGCGCCGCAAACCAAUCACGAUUCCAGGGUCCGUUCAGAAGGAGAACCGCAAUCCACUCCGCGCACCGCCAACCAGCAAGAAGACUGUCUCGAUCAACGGCAUCUUCGACCAUGUGAAGGGGCCCCGAAAGGCCCAUGAAGUGCGAAGUGUGCUAUCUCCGCGACCUGCUGGAAUUCCAAAGGCCAAGGCAACACCAGGCUACUUCACAGGCAAAGGAGCCAACCUCUUGAAGGGCAAGGUCGCUCAGCCGGGCUUCUUCGCCAAGUAUCGUGCCAAUGGCGACAAAACUCCAUCGGGCUUGCCCUUUUCUGACCCCGUUGCCGACUAUCACAAAACGGCUAAUGCCAACUUCGAGCGCCGCAUGGAGCAAUGGCGCAAGGAGCUAGGUCUGCGUCGCGAUGGACUUGAUGUCAACGGCAAGCCUAUGAGGAAGGCACCUGUACCGACUGAAGCCGACAUCGACGCCGUGGCUAAGGAGCUUGAAGAGCUGCAGAAGCCGAUCGAGGACGACGUUCUGCACAUCCAGGACCCGCAGACAGGCAACGCAACCAAGACUCGGAAGCUCGGCGAGACCCUGGAGAUGCUCGAUCGACGACUCGAGAAGAAGUUCUCUCAGAUUCAACAACUGGAGAUAGAGCAGAAGCGACUGGACGAUGAAGUCGAGAUCCUCAAGAAGCAAGUACUUGGCGAUGACAAGGACUACAAGAAGGCGAAGGAUGGCUAUGAAGCUCAGCUCACGCUGUUGCAGAAGGAGGUGGAAAAGGUGGAAGCUCAGGCGAAGAGUGAGCUUGAGGAGAUGAAGCGCAAGGAUCGCAAUGCGAAGAAAGCGUUCAAUCUCAAGAUUCAAGCUCUGUGGGAAGGCAUCAAUGACUACGAGUGA